AUGAUGAACGUGAGCCUUGAGGAUGCCGAGGGGAACUGGUCCUCAUGGCUCAACUCCUCCUACAACGGCACGUCCUGGCCCUUCGAGCCUGAAAGGAACUACUGGGCCUUGGUUUUAGUCCUUUUCCCUUUCCUCACCCUUUUCGGUAACGUUCUCGUCAUACUUGCCGUCUACAGAGAGCGGAGCCUCCAGUCCGCCACUAACUACUUCAUCGUCAGCCUUGCCCUCGCAGACCUACUUGUUGCCGUCCUUGUCAUGCCCUUCGCCGUUUACGUCCUGUUCACAGGUAGUUGGAUUAGAAGCUCUUCCGCAAGUUCCUGCGAUGGUGUUUACAUGAACCUUUCUCUAUUCCUCUGUCCUGAAAUAAAAUCCCUUUGA